AGUCCCGGCAGUAAGUGGCGCACAGCACCCAGGUUCUUUUGGGCUGACCUCCGUAGGGAAGCGUAUCAUCCACUCGGACUUCUACUGGAGAGCUCAGUCUUCUUCCCUCGAUUGGCUCGGGCACUUUUAAUUUCCCACCGGGUAUUUUAAUUUACUCUCCACAGACUUGGGAGGCUGUAGGCUCUGCAGCGGCGGCAGUAAGUGGUGGACAUCCCAACGUGUGUGCCGAUUUCUGGAAAGAAGCGCGUCAUCUACUUGGACUUCCACUUGACAGAGCAGUCAUUUGCAGCGUCCUUCCCUCCGAGUGUUUGGAUUUACUCUCCACAGGUGACCUGGAACAAGUUGGAGGGGAGGAGAGGAAGAGAUUCAAUUGAAAAAGGAGCAAAAAGAAAGAGGAGGGGCCACAUAACGAGCGACACCCAGGAGGUUUCCCAUUCCCAAUGGAAGUCCUCAUCCUGCCUACUCAUGGUUUGAAAAGGCAAGGCAAAGACAAGGUAGCCUAAAGAAGGCCUUGUCCUCUUUGCUUUGCCCUGCGUGACCGCCCUGUAUUUAGCUCUGCCGGAGUCAUGGUUUUAAUCUGAACACAAAAAUAAGUCUUUAAUCCCCCACCCAACACAGCCGUCCGCUAUUGCCAUCUAAUUCAUAACAUCCCAUUGUCAUGGAGAAGACGUAUUCACUGACCGCCCACUAUGAUGAGUUCCAGGAAGUGAAAUACGGCGGCCGCUACAGCAGUGACAUCCUCAGUAAUGGCAUGACCCUUCAUUUGGGUGGCAGUCUGGACCGACAUAUCGGGCGCGCCCGGGGAGGAACGUGGUCAAACAGUCGCAAUAAAGAUGCGAGCGGCACCGGCGGUGGUCUCCCUCGAUGGAGCCGGAGGGAGAUUUGCCUCCUCUCUGCUUUGGUCUUCGCAGCGGGCAUGUGUGUGAUUUUGGCCAGCAUGCUGGCACUGAAAUAUAUUUCCUUGGAGGCGCAGCAGGACCCACAGUGCAGGCAAGACUGCCAGCAAAGACGCGCACUGCUGCGGGCCGCACGCUUUAUCCAAGCCAAUAUCGACCCCACCAUCCAGCCCUGCCAGGACUUUUACUCCUUCGCCUGCGGUGGCUGGUUGAGGCGUCACGCCAUCCCAGAAGACAAGCUCAGCUAUGGCAUCAUCACAGCCAUAGGGGAACACAAUGAAGAGAAGCUACAUCGCAUCCUUAUGGACCCCGUUCGGAGGCGUGAGCCUGAUUCGGCCGAGCGCAAGGUCAAGGAAUUUUACAGAUCUUGUGUCAACAUCAAAGAGAUUGACAAGCUGGGUUCUGACCCCAUGACUGAGGUGAUAGACAGCUGCGGAGGCUGGGAUCUAGUUGGCGCUCCCGCUGGUGCUGCUGGCUGGGAGAAAGAGGGUGCCCCGCAAAGGCCGGACUUCAAUGAGCUGCUGUACAGGACACAGGGCGUGUAUAGCACUGCAGUCUUCUUCUCGCUCACCGUCAAUGUGGAUGACAAAAACUCCUCUCGAAAUGCUAUCAGGAUUGAUCAGGAGGGACUAACACUACCUGAGAGGAGCCUCUACUUGGGUGAGGAUGAGGACAGUGUGAAGAUCUUGGCGGCAUACAAGGCCUUGAUGGAGCGCUUACUGAGCAUGCUGGGGGCUCACAACGCUACACAAAAGUCCAAAGAGAUUAUAGAGCUGGAGACCCGUCUGGCCAAUAUAACUGUGUCUGAAUAUGAGGACCAGAGAAGGGACGUCAGCACGAUGUACAACCGUAUUACACUCAGGCAGCUGCAACGCAUGGCUCCUGGUCUUCACUGGAAACGCUUGCUGGAUAGAAUCUUCCACGACAACUUCUCUGAAGAUGAGGAGAUAGUGGUGCUUGCCACCGAUUACAUCCAAAAAGUGUCCGACGUCAUCAAGACCACUUCCAAAAGGGUUCUCCAUAACUACAUGUUGUGGCGUAUUGUGGCAGCGCUCAGCGAAAAUCUGUCCACCGCCUUCAGGAGCACCAUUUAUGAGUUUUCUCGGGAAAUUGAUGGCACGGAGCAGCAGCUGGAGCUGGGCAGAGUGUGUCUCACACAGGCCAACAAACACUUCGGCAUGGCCCUAGGAGCACUUUUUGUCCAGGAGCACUUCUCCUCACAGAGCAAAGCAAAGGUGCAAGAGUUGGUGGAGGACAUAAAGCACGCCCUGGACCUCCGGCUGGAGGAGCUUGACUGGAUGGAUGAAGCCACCAAGGAGGCCGCCAGAGCAAAGCUGAAGUACAUGAUGGUCAUGACAGGAUACCCGGACUUCCUGCUCAAACCCGAGCUCAUAGAUCAAGAAUACGGGUUUGAGGUGGAUGAGAACACCUACUUCAAGAACAUCCUAAACAGCAUCAAGUUCAACAUCAAGCUAUCGAUCAAGAAGAUUCACGAAGAAGUGGACAAGAACGCGUGGCUUCUCCCCCCACAGGCGCUGAAUGCCUACUACCUUCCUAACAAGAACCAAAUGGUUUUCCCAGCCGGCAUCCUGCAACCUACUUUGUACAACCCUGAGUUCCCACAGUCUUUGAACUAUGGCGGAAUAGGAGCAAUCAUUGGCCAUGAACUGACACAUGGAUAUGAUGACUGGGGGGGCCAGUAUGAUCGCCACGGCAACCUCAAACAGUGGUGGACUGAGGACAGUUACAGAAAGUUCCAGAAGAAGGCUGAAUGUAUUGUUAAGCUCUACAACAAUUUCACAGUUUACAAUCAAAGGGUGAAUGGCCGCCUGACACUGGGGGAGAACAUAGCAGACAUGGGAGGACUCAAACUGUCAUACUAUGCGUACCAGAAGUGGGUGAGGGAGCACGGCCCUGAGAAGCCCCUACCAGGCCUCAAAUAUACACAUGAACAACUCUUCUUCAUCGCCUUUGCACAGAACUGGUGUAUGAAAAGAAGAUCUCAGUCAAUAUACUUGCAACUGUUAACCGACAAACAUGCACCAGAACACUACAGAGUGAUCGGCAGCGUUUCCCAAUUCAAAGAGUUUUCCCGUGUUUACCAUUGUGGGAAAGGCUCCCCUAUGAAUCCUGAUGACAAAUGUUCUGUAUGGUGACACCGCUUCACAUGCCUCAUUAUAUUUUGCGUUAAUCAGAACCACCACAUAAUAAAAGUUCAUCUUUUUAAAAGGAAAAAUGCCAACAUGCAUAUAAAGCAUUGUCGCCUAACCAAGCUAACAUCCGAGUACAACACUUAUCAUUGACUAUAUAUAUUUUUCUAUGUUUACAUUUAUUUUUAAAUCAUCUAUUUUUGUAUUACAACAGGCUCAUGCUGUUGGUGAGCUGUCUUGGUUUUUACUUAGCAGGUUCCAAGCACUAACCUAUUUUUCUCGAUCAUUUAUCCGCUGAUGCAUCAACCAGGACAUUCCAGAAGAAGUAGAAGGUCAGCAGCAGCUGUGAUCUCAGUCAGAUUGCAGCACGUUUUAGGACCAACAGGAAGGUAGCAUGGUUGCCUCUGCCUCAGCAUUGUGAUUAAGGUUGUUGUAUCGUCUGCCUGCAUUGUUCUCUUUGUUCUUGUAUUUCUACUUUUUUAAGAGACGGUUUUAAGAAAGGUUUAUUAUGAUGGUUGACCUCAGGAAGUUUAGAGCCAAAAGAAGGAUGCAAUCUUUUUGUCGCCUCAUCAUCACCUGAUCGAUAAAAUAUAACACAAAAAGCUAUUAUUUCCUGACUGGAACAUGAGCUUGAACCUACCAAACCCAGAAACUGCGAGAUAUGGUAUAAAAAUAUGGUGUAUAAAUUUCCCACCAGUUUAUGUUGACGCCUCUCGGACUGACUGACUGACGCGACAUAAGUGAAACGGUCAAAAACAUAAUAAAAGAUGUUUGUUGACAUGCGUGCAUUUUGUUAUUGCGGUGGUAAUCCAUGUCUAAUUUUUUAAGCUUAUUGUGCACACCCUUUUAUGCUUUGCACCUAGAACAAACUUUUUGACUAGGGUCCGCGUUGGCCUUAAAAAAAUUUGAAAUUUGAAAGCGAACUGCAUGCAAAGUAACUAUUUGGGUUUGGGUUUUUGGGGUAAAAAAAAAAUGUCCUGAUAGUGUUUAAAAGUAGAGUUAAAGUCAUUAGGAAGUGGUUGACAGUAAGAAUUAACAGAAUGUAAAAAAAUUUCUUUUUUGAUGACGUCAUCAAAAGUGGAUAGUGGCGUGUCAUCAGGGGGCAUGUCAUUAGGAGGCGCCAACGGGAUGACGUCGCCCCGUCCACUUUUAAUGACGUCAUAGACAAAGAUAUUGUUUUACAUUCUGUUAAUUCUUACUGUCAGCCGCUUCCUAAUGACUUUAAUUCUACUGUUAAACACUAUCAGGACAUUUUUUUACCCCAAAAACCCAAACAGAAUAUGAUUUCUGAAGUGUUUUUGAGCCCAUGUGGUGAUAUCCUUUACACAGUGAUGUCGCUUUUUGAUGCAGUACCGCCUGCGGGAUCCAAGGUCACGGGCAUUCAAUGUUAUGUGCAGUGAUUUCUCCAGCUUCUCUGAACCUUUUGAUGAUAUUACGGAACGUAGAUGGAGAAAUCCCUAAAUUCCUUUCAAUAGAUCGUUGAGAAAUGUUGUUCUUAAACUGUUUGACGAUUUGUUCACGUAUUUGUUCACAAAGUGGUGACCCUCAACCCAUCCUUGUUUGUGAAUGACUGAGCAUUUCAUGGAAGCUGCUUUUAUACCCAAUCAUGGCACCUGUUUUUAUUUUUAAAAGGCAUGUUACAUGUUAAAAUUGUGCUCUAAACUCAUUGAUUUUAAAUACAUUAGAAUGGGUGACGUUUAUUUGAGAUACAAGUGCUUUGAAUGAAGAGCUCCGAAACAUAACCAAUGAAACUGGUAUCCCGAGGUACCACUGUACUGUAUUACAACACGUGUCGACAGAAACAGAAAAUGUUUUCAAUUAAAAUGACCACUCCAGGUUUUCCAUUUCAUGUCAACAAAAACAGUAAUCCGAAAAACACGGUGGACCAGGACUUGAUGAUUUGCUCGACAUAAAUGGGACCGACUUAAGCAGUAUCACUGUAAGAAAAUAUUGGCUGGAUGGUGACUUGUGCAUUUGUACAGUGAUAUUUUUUCCAAAAAUACUUUUUUAUGCAACACGUGAAUGAGAUGUUACUGUUGUACAGUUGUUUUUGACUCUUAGCAACACAAAGUUCUAAUAACUGCCAUACAUGGAUCACUCAUGCGGAAAAAAAAAAACUGUACGGCUGCAAGUUCACAUGUGGCUGCUGUUGUUUUACCAUCUAUGGUUUGCUGUUCAAUGUUUGAAUAAAUACAAACAAACGCU